CAGCAAACCCGACGGUGAUAACAGUGCAGUGCAGAGCAGAACUUCACCUUGGUUUCAAAGUAAACGUCAUGGUGAAAAGCGAGGUGGAGAUGACUAUAAACGCGGAGGAGGCUCCAGUGGCAAGUGGGCCUAAACCAGCCAAGAAAAAGAAAAAUAAGAAAAAAAAGAAUAAGCCUGGCAAAUACAGUGUUCUUGUGCUAGACGCUGUCAAAAAGUUGAAUGAGCGAAGCGGUUCGUCUUUGGUAAAAAUUUAUAAUGAAGCCAAGAAGGCAAGCUGGUUUGAUGAGCAGAAUGGGCGAACCUACCUGCGGUAUUCUAUCCGAGCGCUGGUACUCAACAACACGCUGAUCCAAGUAAAGGGCAUGGGGGCGAACGGUUCCUUCAGGCUCAAUGAAGAUAAGUUCGCGAAAAAGGUACCGAAAAAGACUCAGUCCAAGCCAGCCAAGACCACCACGAAAACUGCCAAAGCAUCGACAACCAAGAAGACAACCAUCAAGCCAAAGGCGAAGAGCAGCCCGAAGAAGGCACCAGACGCAAAGAAGCCCGCGGCUAAAAUGAAGAAGCUGGGUGUCAAAAAGGUGAUCGCUGCACAGAAGAACAAGAAGCCGAAGAAGGCCAGCAAGCCACCAGCCAAGUCACCGAGGAAGAAGUAGCCUAGUCGCUAUCAAAUACAGAACUUUAUUUGAGAUUUUUAUUUUUACACCUUUUGUUGUAGUGUUUUUUCUUCCAUGGUUGGUUUCACUGGCAUACAAUGCAUAAUCAACGGAUUAUUAUAGGCUAAAAGUUAUUUUAUGUUUAUUCUCUGCAAGGCAAUGAUUGGCUCAGUGGCGUUUUGUCAGAGGGACCAUGAGUGUAGUGUUGCUUUGAAUAACAGGCAACGCCCCCAGUUUUAUGUUGUCUCUUGUCAGUCCGAGAGAUGCCCUGCUACAAAAUGAUACAUUGUAACAGAUAUGUUUUUACCUUUACCCAAAGGUUUCCCCUUACGGAUAUGACCAGGAAAUCCUAAUCGUGGCUUUUCAUUAUUUUCGAGGUGGCUGACAACAUUGCGAAAGUGUAUUUGUUAUUCUGAGAAAUUGAUGGUUUAAAAGACUACGUAUGUCUAUUUGAGCAUUGUAUUGUCUCUUCGGAACACGUGGCACUGAAGUGAUUGUUAAUCUCUGUAAAUAAAUACCUUAACACGGUCAUUUUUGCAUUUUGUGACAAACAUAAACAUUUCUAUUUAAAUUUGAAUGUGAGGAUAAUUUCCUACACUGUCUGUUUACUAUACAUAGACCAAUGUCAGAAUAGUUGAGUAUCUUAUAUUUAAUUAUGCAUGUUGGACUCAAUGAAAUCUCGAGUUUCUCCACAUAUUGUUCAGCUUCAUAUUUUCUGGUUGGUCUCAUAGCUGCGGAAUAAGGGGUGCUGAGGAUGCUAAAGCGCACCUGAAAAAUCGGGAUUAAUUACAUCAAAAAUACAAAUGUAAUGCACUGGGCCCUUACUUGUCCUGUAUUAGCAGACAGAUAUAAUUCUGUGGCGCAGCAAAAACUUGAGUGAUUUGGAGCACAUGGUAUUAAACUGUUAAUCUUUCUUGUA